GUCAACCAAAACAGAGCCUAAUCUCGUAGAGCUGUCAGUGCGGGAAUUUCACGGUGAAAAAAGUGGUGUGCCAAUCCGUGGUGUUCCGACCGAGAAAAAGAUUCCCUUCUGGAAGACCGCAAUCUCAACAGGCCACCACCAUGGAUCAGUUCGUAGCCUGGCUGAACGGGAAGCUGCGCGAGUACAACACGGACGAGGGCAUCUUCGGCUCGUACAUAACCGGAAUCCUCGAGGGAGACGAAACCAGUGAGGAAAAGACGGAAGCGCUGGAAGGCAUCCUGGCGGAGAUCAUUGAAUCCGACAGCAGCGCCUUCAUCACAGAGAUUCUGGACCGGUGGAAACAGUGCCACCAGGAGCAGUCGGCCGCCGAGAGUGCGGGCCCGAAGCUGAAGCUGGACGUUGAUGAGCAGCUGGCGAAGCUGCUGGAGAACCAGAAACUUGCCACCAAGGUCGAGCGGGAGUACACCGAGGAGGAGCGGCGGAUCAAGCAGCAGAUUCUGUCGCAGUACAGUCAGCUCUCUGAGGACGAAGCCGAGGACGAUGACGACGACGAGGCCAGUGGGGCUGCCGGCGGCGGAGGCGGAGGAGGAGGUGGGCCCUCCUCCGACGGGUUGCUCCAACGCAACACGAACGCAGCCGACGUGCAGGCGCUGAUCCGUGAAAAGCGCGAACAAGCUCGGCUCGAAAGCAAGGAGAAAAAGGAAAAGGACAAACAGGACCGCGAAAAGCAGAAGCAACUGCGCGAGGAAAAGAAGGAAAAGCGCAAAACCGUCAAAGGAGAGCGGCGGCGGUAGCGCCCUUAAGGAAGCGACUCUAACAAUCGAAAAGGGGCUAAACACUUUGUGUGUGUAACGAAAUGUAAUAAACAAACAAUCGACAAUGCAUGUUCUCAAAGUAUAUUUCGGUGUCAUCUUCUCUCAAACAAGCAACAGCACAGCAAUAUGAUAAUGUAAAUGCAGUAGAGAUCUUCUUCAACAAGAAUCAGUUGCGAUAAUGAGAUGGAAUCUAACUUUUAGUGGUUUGUAUUGCUUGAAAACAAAAAAGAAAGUCAACGAACUGAAAAC